CCUCAUCUUUGCCUUAAAUCUUCUGCGUGAAACAGGACAAAGGAGAGGAGGAUUUUCUCUUCUGUCUCUUCUCUCUUCUCUCACCUUAGCACUCAUCGUUUUCAUCGCUGCUUUGGGCCUGCAAGAUUAUCUUGUCCACCUCAUCUUCAUCCAUCCCUUCAUCUCAUGAACCCCCUGUCUUUUCCCUUUUCCUUUCUUGUCUCUUUUUGUCUCUCGCUGUGGAACUAAAUCUUCAACCUGCCACACCUGGAGUCCUUGCAGAUGUCCGCAGCCUGGCGCUGAAGCGGGCGCUUGCCAGCAGCCCAGAUGCAUUUGCGACUCUUUGCCAUUGUGAUAUCCUUGCUAUGUGAGGUGAUCAGGAUGGGGUCCGGCGUCACGCAGAAACAAAGUGCUCACAGAGAGACAACAGAGGACUGUCAGAGUUGUCUGGAGUGUUCCCGUGACAACGGCUGUGUGCGUUGCCCCGAGCGACUCUUCCUGUUCCUGCAGAGGGAGGGGAUGUCUCACCAUGGAACUUGUCUCCACGCCUGCCCCGCUGGACACUACGGACAGAGAGGGAAGGACAUCAAUCGUUGCAUGAAGUGUCGCUCUUCGGACUGUGAGCAAUGUUUCAGCCGGGACUUCUGCACCAAGUGUAAGCCUGGCUUCCAGCUGUACAAAGGAAAGUGUCUGUCCAGCUGCCCAGAGGGAACCUUUGCCCACCAGACAGAUUGCGUCGAGGACUGCCUCCUGGCUCCGUUGGGAGAGUGGAGCGACUGGAGCGCCUGUCUCCGUGACGGCGUGAACUGCGGCUUCAGGUGGGGAAAGCAGACCAGGACCCGUGGGGGAAGGCAGGCCGGGAAAACGCCUGAGGAGCAAGCGGCAUUGCUUUGCCCGUCCCACAAUGAGACACAGAGGUGCAGGAUGAAGAAAAAGUGUCCCACAGAAGACAGAAUAAAGACGGAGGACUUGGAAGGAAGAGGGACAGAAAACGACUACAGCCGAUCGCCAACGACAGCGUCGGCAACUCGUCAAACGGGACUACAGGCGCCACCGGAGAGCAAGGAGAUCCCUGAGGAUAAAACAGACGCCCCGAGACACACAGCUAACCACAACCUGACACAUGCUGGAAUAUCAGUCGAUUGACGUCAGUAUUUGUAAUCUGAGACCAAAUCGUUGUUUAUCAUAUUUCCAAUCAGCCUGUACAAUCUAAAAUUUAUAAAAACACCAGAAUAUUGUUUACUGGAGACUCAAAAUGAGCAAAACAAGUAGAUAUUAUGACUAAGAAAUUCUUACAUUCAAAGUGAGUCAACAUUUUCCCUCCUAAGUAAUGUUGCGGCUUGGUGGCAGCCGAUAAAUAAACCUGUCUUCAUGAAUAAAUCCAGCAUUUAUCAAGAAUCAGAACAAUUUGGUCUCGUGUGUUGGACCGUAGAGGUGAAUAAAAUCUUAAUUAACCCCACAAACCUCUCUCACAACGAAGUGAAAUUUGUACUGAACGGGGCGAAUAACUUGGACUGGAAAAAAUCUGGAUGGGCCGGCAGUUACGUUACAAUUCAGAACUAACUCAUAGAAACCAGAAUAAAAUAAACACCGCAGAUACUACGCCUACAGAAGGCCGAGUCUUCUGGGCUUUUUUUAGUUGAAAAGGUCGAUUUAUGUCAUCGUAAUCCCAAGUGUCGAUUAGUUCUCUUUCAAAAGACAAAAGCAUCAAGUUGCUCAAGCGUCCAGUCAACAUGGAGGAUCUAAGGCGCAUCUGGAUCUGGUUUAUUUGCGGAAAAAAGUCUCUUACAACCAUCCUGCUGCGACUGGUCCAAACAUGCCUCAUCCUCUAGAUGCGUUGUUUUUUUUAAAGCAGCUAAAAGAUGUUUAGCCAUAGUUUCCAACUUUCAUUUAGCUGCUAGCUACACGAAACCACCUUCUGACAGCGUGGUAGGGUGAUAGGUUAGUCCCAUCCUAUCAGACUCAUGAAAACUAACUCUGACGUGAGUUUUCAUGAAUCUGAUUGGGUGGGCAAGCUGUCAAUCUGGGUGGGCCCGCAUCUACCCAGGUCCACCUGUAAAUCCGCCUCUGUAACAAAGAAAUCUCAAGAGUCGUGGUGCCAACAAAUGUUCCAAAAUAGAUAUAAAAUAGUCCCCCAAAAAAAUCCUGUAACUGUACAAUCCAACAACUCCAAAACCUGCUCACUUCUCUGACCUGCUGCUGAUUACGCUGCAUCAAAAGCAGCUGGUAUCUGAAUAGUUUAACUCUGCAAUAAGUCCUCAGUCCUCCUCUUAAAAGACAUGAAGGAAUCAUGAAUCAUGUGCGGUGUCGCCUACAGGUAACUGUCGGGUGGUUGAAGUAAAGUAAUAAGCUGAAUGACAGAUGAUAAUAAGCUUCAUUGUUUGAACAGCAGUUUAUUGUUUCUGAAUUUGUGGUUUUGCUGAUAUAUUAUCUGCUGUUUCUUCUGAGUUUUUUUUCCAAAUUGGAGAGGUCAUAAUAGAGAAGUAAACUUUAUAAAAAAAAAAACAAGAAAAUCAUCAUUCAGUAACUCUCCGACUCUGGUUUUUUAAAUCAUCUCAAUAAAGUAGGUGUCACUAUGUUUUUCAAUUAGAAAUUCUGUAUAUACAGAUAAAAAAAAAGAAUUCACUCUCACUCUAAUUCGCUGCCAGAGUUUAACUUCAGAUCUUGUCUUUUAAAUCACAGUUUAAGCAUUUGUAAACAUGCUGUAGAGAAUGAAUGUAGGAAUUAAAUGUGUUCAGUUUUUUUUUUUUCACCAGCAUUAUUAUUAUCCGCCUGUCUUAUUUAAUAUUGCACAAGUAAAACUAAUGUGUAGCAUGAUGAAGAUGUGGGUAUUCUUCCUUUUAUAAAAAGUGGAUUUUUUUAUGUAAUUUCUUCAGAUGAGAAAAGUUCAUUUGUCUGUUCGUCGGCUAGCUUCUGUCAGUUGUAUAUUUAUCAAUAUUUUCUAAGACGAAUGGGGGAUGUUAUUCCUUGACAUGAAUGUAUGUUUUCAAUAAAUGUAUAUUUUGAAGCUGCA